AUGUCAUUUCAGGGCAUCCUAGACGGCCCAUGGGCCGAUCAUUAUCACACGGCGCGCUCGUCAAUGACGAUGCUAUGGCAGCAACAGUUCCAUCCUCGCCGUCUCAGAGCUCGUCCCGUUAGAACGCUGAUGAUCCUGGCCGCCACAUGCUUCUUCACGCUGCUGUUGUUGUCGCGGUCUAGUCAACCACAUGUUAGCUACUGGUUGAGAUACCCAUCAUAUCCCCCCUCCCGUGAGCGCCCCGAAGACUUGCCGAUGGUCUUCACUUCCCCGGGUCAUGUUUUGCACCGAAAUGAUAGUCUUCCGCAUAAUCUGCAAAAGUCAACCCCGUCUUUCCACCUUCUUAUACCUGCAUCGCAGAAGUCCGCCUCACUCUGUCGCACGUUGACGUCGUCCAUGAUACUGAACUACCCACCGCCCACAUUGAUUAGCUACGGCAAGUCGCCUCCAACGGGGUACACAGAUUACGCUGCCAUGGUGGACCGCAUAGCCGGCAUAUACAAUUAUCUGGCGUAUAACCCACAAAUAAAGGAUGAAGAUCUCGUCCUUAUUGUUGAUUCCCAGGACGUGUUCUUCCAGUUACCCCCUGAGGUCCUAAUUCAGAGGUUCCAAAAUCUACUCAGGGAGAACAAUGAAAAAUUGCUCCGAAAAUAUGGUACCGUGACUGUUGACAGGCCGUACCGUACAGGCUCGCAGGAAACGAUACAGAAAUACUCUCAGAGAGUUUUGUUUGCAGCGAGCAAAGAAUGUUUCCCCGGGCUCACCCUAGAUGCAGGGUGUGUGACAGUCCCAGAGUCUAGCCUCCCCCCGGACGCUUAUGGGUGGAAGACGGAUAUCCACCCACAAGGACAUCUGAAUCGGCCGCGCUGGCUCAAGCCUGGCGCGGUUGUUGGUCAGGCAGCUGAUCUCAAGUUGAUAUAUGCCGAGGUUCUGCGGUUCGUGCAUCAACACCGCAAUGCACGGGGAGAUUACCUAGCUAUGACGCAAAUGUUUGGUCGACAGGAAUAUGUGCGGGAGCUUGAGAGGCGGGAUUCUGCGAAUGGAUUCAUGGAAUGGCUCUACACACUUAUAGGCAUCUCUGAUGCUUCCAAUAUCACAGGAGCUACCCAACCGCGCCUCGAGUCUGGCACCCGCUAUGAGUAUGGCAUUGGAGUCGACUAUGAAUCCCGUCUGUUUUUCAACAUGCGCAAUGCCAAGAUGGAUGUCGAAUGGCUUCACUACAAUAAUGUCACCAAGACUUCGGCAGUGCAGAUGCAGCAUGGCGUCCCCAGAGAAAAACGCCUCUUGAUCCCUUCGGAUAUCACACCUGAGAGCCUCGGUAAUCCAUUCAUCCAGCCCAAAUUUGGCAAGGAUGAUUGGCUAAACCCGCCUUUCAAUGAGACGCUCGACAAACUUCCGAAUCCGCGCAACCAUACUUGGCAUAACCUCCCCUUGAUGACCAACAUUCACUCGGCAUCUGUACCGGCCCUGUUGCAUGUCGAUGGGGAUCAUUCUGUCCUCGACAAGUGGUGGUCAGAGAUGUGGUAUCAACCAUGGGCUCGUGCCCUUCUCCGCAAGUACAUGCGUACCCCGAAUGGGUUCGACGCCGCCCAAUCUUCCCUCUUGGGAGGACAAGAAUGGUGGGACAUGCGCGGUGGCAGGGGAGGUCUCUGGACUGAUAAGGGUGAAUGGUUAGCCUACACUGAAGUUUGUGGAAGCUAUGACAAAGAGCUGUUCGAUGAUGAUCUCGGUCCCUUUGGCAAAGAAAGUGGGGAAGACGCUGACGAGCCGGUGUACAACCGAUUCGGAAACGUCAUCAAGGGUAAAGAAAAACCAGGCAUCUGGUGA